CUUAAUUUAUGGUUUGAUUUCGCACGUGCGUUUCACAUUUUAAAGCGAUGUACAUAACUUGAAAACUACCCGUCACUUUUAAUCAGGCGUUUUCGACGGGAAGCUGGGGUCCUUUCCUUGGGGUCCUCAGUCAACAUGCUGCGGAACGUUUGUAUGUGCGUUGAUAUGAUGAGUACGUUUUGGUCACACGUUUUGAUAAUUGUGACGAAUUAAGGUGAAUGUUUACGGUUUUGCUGACAUUAUCGAGGUUCUACCAUGAUGCCGGGAGAGAAUCAGUCAAAAGUCGCAGAAAUCGCCUCUGAUGCGACUUCUGGCACUUGUCAAAACUGCACUGUUUUAAAUCAGCGCAACAUUAUGCCAGUUAAGAUACAGAAAGCUACAAGCUUGGAUGAAUAUGUUGCUGCUUUGAUAACGCUUAAGCAGAAGAUCAUUGACACAGACCGUCUUUUGAGUGAAUACAAAGAGAAGUGCGAUGAGCUUCAAAAAUCACAGAGAGAAAGCAGCAAACUGCACAGGCAACUGGAUGAGGUGCUUAUGAAGCUGGAGCCUUUAGAGAAACAAACAGCAGAGUAUGAACAUACAAAGACUGAGCUGGAGAAAACAAAGGCUGAUUUGAGAUGUUAUCAACAAAAGUGUGAGGAUGUGGAGAAACUGCGAGCUGACAACGCUCAGACCCUCUCGCUGAAAGAAAAAGCUGAAGAAUCCUUGAGGAAAGCAGAGGACACGGUGCAGAGGCAGAAUCUGGAAAACGAGACGCUCAGAGCUCAGCAGAAAAAAUUAGAGGAGGAUCUGCAAAAAACUCAGGAUUCCCUGGAUGAAUACCUGCAGAUUGCUGAGGAGGUCGAGAAUCUGAAGCUGGAAAAUGCCAAGACACUGAUUUUGAAAGGAAACAUAGAGAAUGAACUUUUGGUGCUAAAAGAGACAAGGGCUCAACAGAGCAAUGAAAUAUUGGACCUAAAAAGUGAGAAAACAAGGCUUGAAGAAAUUCUGCACACAACACAGCAAAGGCUGAACACACUUGAGAAGGAGUUUAACAAAGAGAAACGGAGUACAUCUUCUCAAACAGAUGCUGAGCUGCAUAUCGACAAAGGUAAAGUCAGAAAGCUUCUGGAGGAACUCUGGCGUUGUGUGGAACCUUCAUCACAAACCAAUGAACUGUUGCUUCUCAAUGGAGAGCCUACAAUUUUGAAAACCCAACCUAACAGAACACCACCCCAACAAAUGCUUACCAGUCCUUUGAGGGAACCUUCACCACAAACCAACAAACAGUUGCUUCUCAAUGAAGUUCCUUCACCUUUGAAAAUCCAACUUAACAGAACACCACCCCAACAAGUGCUUACCAGUCCUUUAAGGGAACCUUCCUUACAAACCAACGAGCAGUUGCUUCUCAAUGAAGAACCUGCACUUUUGAAAACCCAACUUAAAAGAACACCACCCCAACAAAUGCUUACCAGUCCUUCAAGAACACAGGAUCCCUGCUCAUCUCCAUGGAAACCCAGUCCAGAAACUCACUCACUGUCUUCAAACCUGGGGGCAUCUCCAGAGAUCAUCAGCCCUAAAUCAUCACCUCAGAAGAACCUCAUCAAGCCCAAUAAAAAACAGCACUCCAGUACACGAAGUAGAAAGAGGAAAAUAAGAUCGGAUGCGCUUGAACAUGUGGACCACCAGACAAAUGAAGUGGAUGAAUCCUCACAGAAAGAAAUAAACAACAAAGACUUAUUAUGUGAAGAUUAUGACACAGAUUUUGAAGAAAUUACAGAGUUGUUCAGACCUUUGCCUGAUGUUUUAUCACCUUUACAAAGCCCUUUAACGGAAUUGGUUUGCUCAAAUGAUGACCAACCUGUUUUGGAUAUUUUGGAGGAAGAUCAACUGGAAACACUAUCAAAUUUGAAUAUUCUUAAUAACACAACAUGUACAGAUACCGAACAUCAGAAGUCAAAAGAAGUGGAAACCGCUUCCAUUUGUGAGUCUUCAUUGAAUCAUCUGAAUACAGAAUCUGUUGAUAAUCUGGACUUGGAAAACGCAUCAUUUGACAGCCAGUGCAUGGAGGUAGAGGAUAUGUCUGAAGUAAAGCAAAGCCUUGUGGGUGACACCCAAAAUCCAGCUGCACAGCCGUCUGUAGAAAAUGUGGACACAGUGGAAAGUUCCUUAGAAGAAGAUCCCAAACAAGCUGUGGAAGAGGAUUUGCUUGUGAAUCAAAACUUGGAUGCAACACAGUCUGAGGCUACAAAAGUCCCCAAUAUUGCUGUGAACUCACUGGAAACCUUAAAUCCGCAACCGUGUGUGGACCUUGAUCCCAUAUCCACCAAUUGUGUUGAAUCUGCAGAUUACAAUCAUUCUCAGAUGCAAUCAUUGAAGUCAAAUGAAAACAGUGUUACAACACUUGAUGUAAACUGUAGUAGGUUAGAUGGCCCUGAAAAUGAGGAAUUAAAACCUCCUGUACACCUUGAAAUAAGGACGGUAACCGAUAUAUCAACCCAUGACAUUCAGACCAACACCUUAACAAGUGCGCUUAUUGAACAUCAGAAAAGUUCACAUGAUAAUGAUGUUUCCUCUUUGAAAUCUUCAAAAGAUGUAGAAUCAUCAUCAGAAGAUGAAGGGCACUUUGGUUUGAAGAGAAAGGUUAGGCGGGUUCGCUCAAGGUCCGAGGUAAGGAUCUCCUUGGAAGAGCUGGACAAUGUCUCCGAGACAUUGCAUUGUUCCUCUGCAAAUCAUCUUUCCAAGGAUGAGCCUUCUGAAAACACGGCCAAGUCUUACUCUGGUCUUUCCAUAGAAGACAUGGAGCCUGAUGAUGAACGAGAAGCUAAGCCAUCAGACAUUGAAUCUGAAACUGCCACCGAGGAUACGCAAGACGUAGACGAUUCGAAGAACCUGAGAAAAACGUCACCGCAGAUGAACGACAGAUCUCCCCAACAAAAUGAGAUGUUAAUCGACGACCUAAGCUCUGGCAUAGAAAGUUUAGACGGUAAUGUUUACAACAACAGUAUAGCAUCAGGAGACUCUGCAGUGAAUUGUCCUGAGGGUACCGGCACAUCAAGCCACCUUAGCUUAGAUGCAGGAAACUCUGAAAAUGAAGAAAAGGUUUCAGAUCCCAACACAAAAGCUCACGUUACACCAACCCCAUGUUUGUCCCGGGUUCGGACGGAAAUGGGUCCACCACUACCUCCAGUUGUUAUGCCACUGACUGCUACUCCUCCAAGAUUUGUAAAACAUCACACACCAACAAAGCCUACUCCAUCAAGAUUAGCAACUGAUGGACCAAAAUCUCCAAAGAAGCCAACAUCAGUGCCUGUUAUUGAUUCAGCUCUUCCAGAUGCAUCAAAAAUGUCUCCUUGUUUGGCUACUCCAUCGCCAUCUCGUGGAGUUCCUUCCUCGCCAUUGCAGUUUGGAUCAGCUACUCCAAAACAUGCCGUUCCGGUCCCAGGAAGACUCCCAUCGUCUGCAAUAUCCUCCUCACCUCCUGCUGCUUCUCCUCAGGAAAAUUCAAUGCAAAUGCUGGACAGUAUGUAUCCUGAGCUCUCGGCACGAGCCCGCACUUUAAACAUCCUCCGGGGAAACGUUAACCUGAACAGAGCUGGCAAUGAGAAUGGUGCUUCCCCUACAUCCAUUAGCCAGAUAUCGGGAAACAAAAGCAUCAGUUCCUCAUCCACUGCCUUUACUAAAACUGAGCAAAAACCAAAAAGGACGGGUGUGAACAUGCUUUUGCCAAAGAGUGCUAAAAGACUCCGACUUGACAACUGUUCACCUGCUCCUGCGAUGGUUUCUCCUGCAGAACAAGUAAUGGAUCAUCAACCACUGGGUGUCAUCAAAACAGACUCCUCUAAAUCUCCUCAAGACAUACAAAGCAAUCGAACAAAUCUGAAAGUAGAAGAAAAACCGGACACCAAGAAAGAUGGCAAGCAGAUCCAAAUCUCAGAAGCACUGGCCAAAAUAGCAGCCACCUGUUUCGAAGUGUUGCCUGUUGUUAAGAGCCACGUGUUUCUGGGGAGAAUAUCUCAGCAGCCCAUAUUGAUAGACGAAGAAAAGGCUGUGAUCGCUGAUUUCUGUGUAUGUCAGUCGUCAGCAGAAGACCUCAUGUCUGCCAUCUUGACCAAACUGAAAACGGAAAGGAGCAAUUUGAAUUGCGCAAAUAUGCAAGCUCUCUGUAGAGUCUACACAGGUUUAUGUCGCCAGAUCGGGGACUAUCAGAAAGCUCAUGCUUUGGCCUACAGCAUUCUCAAAGAGGAUUUUCCUGAUGCCUGUAAGUUAAUCUUGUUCAUGGUCACAACAUGGCCAAGUGUGCUCUUCCACGACACCUCCUUGUGCAGAGCCAUCCAAACUGUGGCCAAGCUAAAAGCAGAAGGAGACAUUUUGGAGUACCUUACUAAAUAUCUGAAUUGGGAUAAGAGCCCCCCACAUGAUAUUUCUAAAAUGGUCACCAGUACAUUAAAAGCACUUCGGGAGGAUAAAGAGUUGACAUUUCAGAAGCAUCAGCGUCACGGCCAUGAUCUUUGCCCUGCUGCGUGGGAAUACAUAUACACAUUGGAUCUUCUAUGUACACACAUGAAGUGGAAGUGGACGCAUGACGUUGUUAUUGGCAAAGAGCUCUGGCCCAUCAUGAAUGCAUGGGUAACACAGCAGAGGCCUCUGCAAACCCCAAUCCGGGAUGUUUCUGUAGCAGCUGUUCUGAGAAUAAUUGGACGACUUGGUCAGCUAGGGAUAAAGCAGAGGUUGUUCAAAUCAGUGCAGAAUGUUGCAAAAGCCAUAAACCUCUUUGGCAAACAUGGGAUUACAGAAGGUGUGCCCGAUGAGGUGCAGUUAUCCGCUGUCUAUGCAAUUUAUGACCUGGCGCCCUGUAACCCCAAAGAGGCCCUGGAGGCUUUGGCAUCAUGGCGGAGCGAGACCUCACAACAGGUUCCCUCUGCUGUGACCAGCUGCAUAACUCAAAUCGGGUCUCUCUGCCGUCAGAUCAAGUCUUGAAACUGUAUUUUUAACUUUGCACAUGCUGUUGCAUUUCUUUUUAUAUAAAAAUGGAUCAAUAUCCUAAAAAUGUGAAUGAGCCAUAAUAUGCUGUAGAAAUUGGAAAGGAAAUAAUGCCAUUCUUGUACAUUUGUGUAUAUUAUACAUGUAGAUUAAAGAUAUUACGUUUAUACCAUAAAGAUCAUUUGUAAUGAA